AAUACAUUAACCCACAACGGAAAUAUAUGACAACGGAAGUUAGCCUCAAAACGGAAGUAAGCCAGAUGGGACUACAAGACUACGCUGGGACGCAGCUAGGAGGAGUUCUGUUUUGCUAAACUAAAAUGUAUUGCCCUUUUUGUGGAUGCAACCUUAAAUCUGCAACGUCAUUCUGCAGUCUGUGUGGCAAAAACAUUCAGUUCUUAACUGAACUUGAGAAGCCGAGCACAAGUGAAGGAAGUACAGGAAAAUGUGCACUGGCCACAUUCCGGCAUUUCCGGAGUUUAAAAGAAAAGGAGAGACAAUCCUGUUUCAAAAGGAAAAAAGAACCUUUAAAUGAAAAGCCUGUGAAGAUUUCUGUAGGCAUUAUGAAGAUAAAAGAUGGAGGUCUGAAAACUGUGCGAGGAAUGGUACUACCACUUAUGGUGCACCCAGAGAUAAAUGCUGAGCAACUGCGUAAAGCUGCUGAACAAAAAAUGAAGGACUUCAACAAAAAGUUGCAAGAUGGUCCUUACUUUCUUCUUUACCCUGAUGGCACAAAAAUAGCUAACAUUCCAGGAACAGACAAACCCUUCACUCUCAAAGCCUACAAGGAGGCACUGGGGAAAGCAUACCAAAGGAUCACAGUCAUCUUCCUGUGUCUGAUCUUGUACUUCACAGGUCAGGAAUUCAGCACAGACUCAUCUGAUUCAGAGGUGAUCAUAACAAGCCGAAGUGCUGCUGAAUUUAAUUCAGCUGAUACAGUAGUAUUCGAACCUACCCUCAACAGUACCAGAGAUGGUAGUCAGGUGGAACAGCAGUCUGCUUCAGAAGUAAUUGCAAACCUGGCACUCCAGAUUGACCGCAACACUGUCAGCAGAUUUAACAUCUGCCGCUCUGAGUUCUGGGAUGGAGCCAUGAGAGGACUCAAAAGGGGAACGUUCUCUGAAGCAAAGGAUCUUCUGGUGAAGUUUUCUGAUGAUGCUGGAAGGUUUGAGGAAGGCCUCGAUACAGGUGGCCCCAAAAGAGAAUUCUUAUCACUUUUGAUGAAAAGCUUGCGAAAACUACCCAUAUUUGAUGGACCAGCAGAGAGUCGCUACAUUGUCUACAAUUCAACAGCAAUCAGAGAGGAUGAGUAUAGACUGGCAGGAAAGAUGAUUGCUGUGUCAAUUGUACAUGGCGGACCUGGCCCAAAUUUCCUCUCAAAGGAUCUGGUCAGCUACAUCUCAGGGCAGACCAGUUUCAGCUCUUCAGUAGCAGACAUUACAGAUGAGGAAAUAGGGAAAGUUCUACAAGAGAUCCAGAGUGCAUCCUCAUUGGAGACACUUCAAGCUUUAAUUGUACAGAACAGUACCAUGUUGCAGACUGCAGGGUGCUUCAGAUAUGUAAAAUCAGUGAAGGAAAAGCACAUCAUUGUGAAGGAGUACCUCAAACGGUACAUAAUCGACAGGAACCACAGUGCAAUCGAAAGAUUCAGGGAUGGACUUACCAGCUUGCAGUUUUUAACAGCCCUGCAGCAGCAUCCUACUGUUCUGGCCCCUGUCCUCUGUAAUUCAGGUAACAGUUUAACUGUUACAGCCAUUGAAAAUCUGUUCCAACCAGAACUCAGCCCUAUAGGAAGCAACAGGAGGGCUCAGGAGGACAAAACCAGGAGUUUCUGGGCAGACUACUUGCUUGAUUGCGAAGAAAAUAACAGUACCGUCACCCUGGAAGAGAUCUUCAUGUUUGCCACAGGGCUGCCCUGUGUGCCUCCUGCUGGCAUGGACCCUCAGCCCCGCCUGCAAUUUCUUCCCACUUCAAAACUACCCAUGGCAAAUACAUGUGCCAACACCUUAAAGCUGCCUCUGUUAGACAGCUACAACACUUUUAAGGAAAACAUGAGCUUUGGAAUAAAGAAUUCACCUGGCUUUGGAUUUGCCUAAGCAGCCAUGACUUUUUAGUCUGUUGUGUUGUACAAAAAAUGUGCAGCAUUAGAUUUGUUAAAAAGUGGAUGUCUUGUUUAUAAUUGCACCUUUGGGGAAAAAACAUCAUUCAUUCAGUUUUAUAAAGAUUGUUUACACAUAUUUUUGUGUGUUUUGAGCCAAACUGAAGGCUCCACAUGUAACAUUGCAUGUCAUUAAGUAAAACACAAAAAACUCUUAUUUUAUACUGUAACUUCAGUUUAUUUUAUAUUGUACAUUAUGUUUACCGUACUUCAGUUUGCCUUCUAUAACCAACUAAAGGUUGGCCAUACCCUUCAGGGUGACGUAGAGUUCUACAGCAGAAUCCCAUUCUGUAGGAGCUGUCAGGCCACUUUGCCUUUGUAGUUCUUCAAAGGUUUGCUGUUCAGGAGUUGCUGGUGCUGGAAUGAGGCUGCCAAGCUGGUUUAGUGUUUCCUCAGAUGCUGAAAGUCCACAAUUUGUUCCAUUAAAUCUAUGAGAAAGAACAAGACCUUUUUACAGUGAAUGGGCAUCACAUCAGCAAAUCUUAAGGUUUUAAUACUGACAUUUUCACUCAUAGCAUCUUGACUUGAGUGAAGCAUUAAUAUUGAUUUGCUUGAAUUAUAUCUUGAUGCAUUUUUAGACCAUAAAAUAACAUGUGAUGUGAUGAAAUGUACUGAUGCAAGAUUAUUGUAUUAUCCAGGAUUGUGUCUUGUAGAUGUAGUUGAAUAAAAA